UACUUACUUUGAGUGGAGAGAGUUCAUCAUUUAGAGUUUUAGAUUGAUAGUUAGAUAGAUACAGCUGAAGCUACAGCUAUAGCACAAGAUGGUAAAGACAAUUCCAUCUAAAGCGAAGGUAAGCAUAAUCAAUUUGGUGUUCUUAGCCGUCUUUCUGGUUGUUUAUGGAACCCUUCUUCUCCGGCCAUCUUCUUCUCUCUAUUUCGAGAAUGCAGCCUCCCUUGUAAGAUGCUCCCUCCGCGAAUGUCGACACAAGGUAGAAAAGAGCUUCAAAAUGAAAGCAGUGUUAGAGGAACCUCAACGAGAGAGAUCAUCAAAGAAGAACAAUGCAACUAAUAAGAUAGAGUUACCUAGCUUCUUUGGUGAUUUAGGGAAAGGAAUGAAGAUAGGACUGGUCAACAUGGAUGAAGAAGAUGUAAAUGAGUUCAACCUGCAUGGAGAAAUGAUACCAGUUUAUUUUGAGAAGGUAUCACAGUCUUUCAACUGGACAGACUUGUUUCCCGAAUGGAUAGACGAGGAAGAAGAGAGUGACGUGGCGUCAUGCCCGGAGAUACCUAUGCCGGAGUAUGCAGAAUAUGGGAGCAUGGACGUCAUAGUGGCCAAGCUGCCAUGCAAGUACCCUGAAAAGGGGUGGGGUAGGGACGUUUUCCGGUUGCAGGUUCAUCUAAUAGCAGCGAAUCUGGCGGCAAAGAAGGGGAAGAGGGAUUGGAGAUGGAAGAAGACAACGAGGGUGGUUCUGUGGAGCAAGUGUAGGCCAAUGAUGGAGCUGUUCCCAUGCGACCAAUUGGAGAGGAGGGAAGGUGAGUGGUGGUAUUACAAAGCGGACGUGAAGAAGUUGGAGGAGAAGGUUUUGUUGCCUGUUGGGUCCUGCAACUUGGCUUUGCCUCUUUGGGAACAAGGUAUCGAUGAGGUUUACGACGUGUCCAAGAUCCAAAGAAGUGUGAAAUCCAGAUCAAGAAACAACCGCGAGGCCUACGCCACCGUGCUCCAUUCCUCCGAAGCCUACGUUUGCGGCGCCAUAACUCUCGCACAGAGCCUCAUCCAAACGGGAACCAAACGCGACCUUGUUCUCCUUAUCGACAACUCAAUCUCCGCCCCGAAACGCCGAGCCCUCGCCUCCGCAGGCUGGAAGAUUCGAAUCAUAACACGAAUCCGAAACCCUAGGGCCGAGAAAGGAACCUACAACGAGUACAACUACAGCAAGUUUCGCCUAUGGCAGCUCACGGACUACGACAAAAUCAUCUUCAUCGACUCCGAUAUCAUCGUGCUCCGGAACCUGGACAUACUCUUCCACUUCCCUCAGAUCUCGGCCACGGGGAACGACCAGACGAUAUUCAACUCGGGGAUCAUGGUGAUCGAGCCUUCGAACUGCACGUUCGCGACGUUGAUGAGCCUCCGAGAUGGCAUCGUUUCGUACAACGGAGGUGACCAAGGGUUCCUGAACGAGGUUUUCGUGUGGUGGCACAGGUUACCGAGGAGGGUGAACUUCUUGAAGAACUUCUGGUCGAAUUCGACGCUGGAGAGGAGGGUGAAGAACGGUUUGAUCGGUUCGGAGACGGCGGAGGUGUACGCCGUACACUACUUAGGGUGGAAGCCGUGGCAGUGUUACAGGGACUAUGAUUGCAACUGGGACAUGGAGGAGCAAUUGGUGUACGCGAGUGACGUGGCGCACAGGAGGUGGUGGAAGGUGCACGACGCCAUGGAUGAAGAGAUGCAGAGGAUGUGCAGGCUCACAAAACGGCGUCGUACUGAGCUCAAUUGGGAAAGAAGGAAAGCGAGGAAAAAGGGUUUAGUGAAUGGGCAUUGGAAGAUCAAUAUUACGGAUCCUAGACGAUUUGGCUCUCUUUUGGUUCAUUAGCAAUAGGUACGAUUAGGCUCUCACGGAGGCCUUUUUGCUUUUCCGUACUGUUUAUUCUGGAUGAACAAUGCUUACUGAAUAGUGAAAAAAUCAAAAAAGGACGUUAUUAUAUGGUGUUUUUAGUCAA